AUGACAACUCCAAGGAGAAACACUUUCACGCUUAAGUACAAGGAACCUAAGCUGGAUAGUCUGAAGGGUUUGAUCUAUGAUUUGACUCUCAAUAGACGUGAUGAGUUCGGAAAAAACAAUGGGAAAAUUUUGAGUCUUCUAACUAAGAAAGUUGACUAUGGAAUUAUCGGCUCUUUGGCACAAUAUUAUGAUCCACCUUUACGCUGUUUCACAUUCGUUGAUUUCCAACUAGCUCCUACUUUGGAAGAAUUUGAGAGAGUCGUAGGUCUCAAAUUGAAGGAUUUCAAUCCAUUUCCAAAGCUCGAAGAAGAAGCGGGCCCAAAGAAGAUAACUUCAGCCCUAAGUAUCAAUGUCCCGACUGUUCGAGACAAUUGGGUUGAAAAAGGGGGUUGCAAAGGUUUUGCCGCGAUGUUUUUGGAAGAUUUAGCUCUGGAGUUCAAGAAAAAGGGAAAUUGGAAUGCAUUCUAUGUUGUGUUGGCUUUAUUGAUCCAUAGGAUCGUGCUCUUCCCAAAUGUUGAAAAAUUUGUGGAUCAGGUAGCCAUAAAAGUCUUUCUCUUUGGCAAUCCCGUACCAUUUCUCUUAGCUGACAUUUACCAUGCCCUUCACGCUCGAUAUGAAAAGAGGGGUGGAACUUUGUUGUGCUGUGCUCCUUUGCUUUAUACUUGGUUCAUGCAACACAUGCCCAAAGAAGGCCCUUUUGUCGCAAAAGAACUUAAGUCUCCUAAAAAAUUAGCUUCUCCCACUGCAAGUUCCAUCAGAUGGUAUAUCCGAGAGUGGGAAACCCCAGACAUUAUAGUCAGCUGUGGGGAAUUUCCUAAUGUACCUUUGUUGGGUACUAAGGGUUGCAUCAAUUAUAACCCUAUGUUAUCUCGAGUGCAGCACGGUUACUCCAUGGAUGGCCCCCCUGGCGCAAAGGACUUACAACCAUUUGUGCUCUUUGACAUCCAAGCAAGCAAUCCUGAUGUAAGAGCAGUACGAAAGGAUUGGUUAAAGGUUGUUACGAAGGGUAAAGAGUUUGGAAAAAGAAACCUUCUCGCCAGAGAAUCUUACACCUGA